GUAAUCCAUGAGAUACAGAGACUGCUUGACUUUGUACCCAUGGGUGUCCCCCACAGCGUCAUCCGAGACACCCACUUCCGAGGCUACCUUCUGCCCAAGGGCACAGAUGUAUUUCCGCUGCUUGGCUCAGUCCUCAAAGACCCCAAAUACUUCCGCUACCCAGAUGCCUUCUAUCCCCAACACUUCCUGGAUGAGCAGGGCUGUUUCAAGAAGAAUGAAGCCUUUGUGGCUUUUUCCUCUGGAAAGCGUGUGUGUCUGGGAGAGGCCUUGGCGCGCAUGGAACUCUUCCUUUACCUCACCUCAGUCCUUCAGAACUUCUCUCUACGCCCCCUGGUGCCGCCUGCCGACAUCGACGUCACUCCCAAGCUCUCUGGCUUUGGCAACAUCCCGCCGACCUAUGAGCUGUGCCUCGUGGCUCGCUGAGCGCCCCCUACUGGGCGAGAAACGAACAGCAUAGAACCGAGCUUGGCUCUCAGGGCGUGAACCCAUCCUCUGCAUCUUGCUCAGUCUCAUAACAUCCCUAUAAGACAGCACCAUUUUUCUUGUCAUGGCGCCACAGUCACCUAUAGUUAUCUGAAACUAUACAGUAGUGUAUCUUCUACAGACAGAAGAAACGCGAUGCCCUGUCCAAGAUUUCCACCUAAGCCAGCAACUUUGAUGCUGACUUGAUCACGCCUGCCUAAGUUUCCAUCUGUACCAAAUUUUUCCUGUAGCGUCUCUGUCUUUACAAUUGUCCCUUUCCGUGUGGGCCCUGAUAACGAUCAAACGUGAUCUACAGUCCUUUCUCAUCUUGACUCUCUUCUUCACUCACUAGCUGCCCAAAAGUCAACAAAGAAUUCAAGACUGUU